UUGUAUAGUUGACUGAGAGACGAGAUGAUAGUCGGUUGACUGUUUUUUGUGUACGCGUAUUGAUUAUCGCGGAAUUCAAAAGAAAUUAAUUUACGGGGACUUUAGUUAAACAAUAGUGGAAUUUGUUUGUGUUAUCAGCUUCAACACCCAUUAGCUCUUUGCUGGAAUUGGAUUGUGAAAAAGACCAUUAGGCUCUACGAAAAGGAAUCAACACAAUGGCUUUCGCGGGUCUUAAGAAGCAAAUUAACAAAGCAAAUCAAUAUGUCACAGAGAAAAUGGGAGGUGCCGAAGGCACGAAAUUGGAUUUGGACUUCGUGGAAAUGGAAAGAAAAACAGACGUAACAUGCGAGCUCGUGGAAGAGCUACAAAUCAAGACAAAAGAGUUCCUCCAGCCAAAUCCGACAGCGCGGGCGAAGAUGGCCGCCGUGAAGGGGAUCAGCAAACUGAGCGGGCAGGCGAAGAGCAAUACCUACCCUCAGCCAGAGGGCGUGCUGGGCGACUGUAUGCUGCACUACGGAAAGAAACUUGGAGAGGACACCGUGUUCUCCCAAUGUCUCAUCGAAAUGGGUGAGGCCAUGAAAAAUAUGGCGGACGUUAAGUAUUCCCUCGACGACAACAUCAAACAAAGCUUCCUUGAACCACUGCAUCACCUGCAAACCAAAGACCUCAAAGAAGUUAUGCACCACCGAAAGAAACUACAGGGCCGCAGAUUGGACUUCGACUGCAAAAGACGUCGCCAGGCAAAAGGCCAUGGCAAGGUCAGCCCUUAUAUGAGCCCCAGUCACGGCAAUACUCCAAGACAGGAUGAUGAGAUACGGCAGGCGGAAGAUAAGUUCGCCGAGUCUCUGACGCUCGCGCAGAUUGGCAUGUUCAACCUUCUUGACAAUGAUGUGGAGCAGGUCGCGCAACUCACAUUCUUCGCGGAAGGGCUGCUGGAGUAUCACCAGCAGUGUACGGAGAUCCUGCAAGGGCUCGUAUCGACGCUUAUGGAGAAGAAAGAGGAGGCCGUGAACCGUCCCAAGAUGGAGUUCGUGCCCAAGACCCUCGCCGACCUUCACAUCGAGGGUAUCCACGACCUGAACAAUGGUAGGCGGUACGGUUCCACCCAAACCCUGUCCCGACCCCGCCAUCACAUCCCCCCUUCCUCCUCCGUCGGCGACCUUAGCACCGGCGAUCCCUUCAAAGCCUGGGAGAUGCCCACCCCACCCAAACCCAACCCUACGGCGUAUCAGUUCAAACCCCACCCGGCGCCAAGGAAUCAGUUUAACGGCAGAGACCCAUGGAAAGCGUCGCCGCUGCCGUCGCCGGUGAAGUCGCCCGCGCGGACGCCCGUGGCGCCCGCCAAGGGCCCGUGCUGCACCGCGCUCUACGACUUCGAGCCUGAGAACCAGGGCGAGCUUGGAUUCAAGGAGAACGACGUGAUCACACUGAUCAACAAAGUAGACGACAACUGGUUCGAGGGCUCCGUCAACGGCAAGACCGGCUACUUCCCCAUCAGCUACGUGCAGGUCACAGUGCCCCUGCCCAACAUGUAAGCCUAGUCCUGGCCGUACC